AUGGAUAGUAUCAACAUAAUGAGUUGGAAUGUUAGAGGGAUGAAUAAGGUGAAUAAACAGAAGUCUAUUUUGGAUGUGUGUAGGCUGAAUAAAGUUGGGAUUGGGGCUCUUCUUGAAACAAAAAUCAAGGGAGUCAAGCUGAAAGAAGUUAUGAACACCAUGUUUUAUGGUUGGGAGUUUUACAGUAGUAAGGUUGUGGAAGGUAGAAUCUUGGUGAUUUGGAAUGCUAAAAUGGUGCAGCUAGAAGUGUUACAGGAAAGCGAUCAACUUCUUCACUGCCAAGAUAGGUUGCAUAAUCAGAAUUUUUUCUGUAUUACUUUUGUUUAUGGUUCUAAUAAUUUGGAAAUGAGGCGGUGCUUAUGGAUGGAUUUGGAGCACUUGUCUUGGCCUUGUAAAGCUUGGAUGGUUCUUGGGGAUUUCAAUGCAGUUUUUAAUCCCAACGAUAGAAUGGGUAGUCGUCCUAUUACAUUGAAAGAGAUGGAGGAUGCUAGAAAAUGGUUAGAUCUGGGUUUAGUGGAAGAAAUGAAGACCAUGGCUUCGGUUGGGACUCAGUGGGAGAUUGGCUCUGAUCAUUCCAUGAUUUUGAUUAAGCAGUUUCCAGCUAUAAGGGUGGGGGUGAAGCCAUUUAGUUUUUAUAAUAUGUGGGCUGGUCACCCUCAAUUUAGAGAGGUUGUUCUUAAUAGCUGGAACCGGCCUUUGAGGUUUUCUGGCAGGGGUUUAGAUCAACUUAGCUGGAAGUUAAAUCGGCUCAAGCAUACUCUGAAGAGAUUUAACUGGAAGAUUAUGGGGGAUGUUUCGUGUAAUUAUGAGAGAAGCAAGUUUGAGUAUCAACAAGCUCAUUCUAAAUGUCUUGCUGAUCCGUCCAAUAGAAUGCUUUCCAUUGAAGACCGGGAGACUUAUCUUGAGUUUAAGAGGCAAGAGAAAUUAUAUGCUAGCUUUAUUUAUCAAAAGAGUAAAAUAGAUUGGUUAAGGUUUGGGGAUUCCAACUCCUCAUUCUUUCAUGCCAGUCUAAAGAAAAGAAAGUUAGCUAAUAGAAUUGUUUCAUUUGUUUCUGAUGAUGGAAAAAUUGUUGAUGAUUAUGAUAAAGUUACAGACCACUUUCUGGUUCACUUCAAAAACUUUCUGGGUACAGCUAGUAAAGCUUCAGAGGUGAUUAAUGAUCAAGCUAUCUAUAUUAUUCCUCACUCUUUGAACAAUACUUUAUUAUCUCUAAUUCCGAAAGUUGAUCAUCCAGUUAAUUCUUCUAAGUUUAGGCCUAUUGCUUGUUGCAAUACUUUAUAUAAAUGCAUUUCCAAAAUGUUAUGCAAUAGACUUAAUCAUGUGCUUCAUGCUUUGAUAAGCCAGAAUCAAGGGGCUUUUAUUAAGAAUCGCCUCCUUACUCAUAAUGUUCUUAUUCUCCAAGAUUUGCUUAAAGGUUAUAAUAGGAGAAAUAUUUCUCCUCGCUGCCUUAUGAAGAUUGAUAUAAGCAAAGCUUAUGACUCAAUUGACUGGAAUUUUUUGGAAAAUCUCCUUAAUGCACUGUGCUUUCCGAAGAGGUUUAUAAGAUGGAUUAUGAUUUGUCUCAGGGGUUCUUCUUAUUCCUUGGUUUUGAAUGGAAGUAUUCAAGGGCGGUUUCAAGGUGCUAGAGGGCUGAAACAAGGAGAUCCUAUUUCGCCUUUAUUGUUCGUUAUAGUGAUGGAUUAUCUUACUAGAUUGUUGCUUAAAGCUUCAACGGAGAAAGAAUUCAGGUUUCAUCCCUUAUGUAAGUCUUUAAAGCUGGUUAAUCUCUGUUUCACGGAUGACCUUCUUUUGUUUUGCAAGGCUAACCAGGAUUCAGUUAGAAUUAUUCAGCAGGUGUUCACUGUGUUUACUAACUCUUCGGGUCUCACUAUAAGUAAAACCAAAUCCAGAGUUUACAUAGGAGGGCUUAAUGCAGGGGAGAAAGACAGAUUGCUUUAG